GGAGUCAAAAGAAAUAUGAUUCCUUGUAUUAUAUGGUUUGGUCAGUUCUGCGAACAACAGCGUGCACGAACAGUCACACACCAAGGUUUUCAAUAUUUUGAACGCUUUUAAUUAGUCUGUGUAAUCCUACUUCUUUUGCCCUAAAAAUAUGGAAAUUGUAUCUUGGCAGAUGACGUUUUCUGCAAGAAUCACGCGUUCCCGUGUUGUACGUAGUGUAUGGCAGGUUUGAUGCAACAUUUACCUCUCCAAGCAUGUUGGGGCUUGACUGAUUUGCCUACGCAAAGCCUGUAGGCUUAUUAUUAGACCUAGGAACUCAGCGAUACAUACGUAAGAGAAACCAAUUUUCUAAAUUGUGUCACAUCCCACUUUACGACAAAUUUUUCGACGACAUACAGAAAAUAGGUUGCACACGUCUCUGAAUUCCUUCAAACGUUGUCUAAAACAUAUAAUAAGGGUCGCCUGGGCUACGCUAUCCGCUUAUUUUUUUCUGUCAGGGAAGGACUCAGGGACACGGUCGACGAUUUCGACACAAAUUGAGAAUAAGGUCCAAAUAAUAUAACGAGAAUGCUGUAUUUAUCAUACCCAAUCACUCACGUUUUUUUUUUUUUUGACAACUCAAAUGAUUCUAGUCCAAAGUCUAAAAAUAACAUAAUUAUAUUCAAUCGAGAGUGCAAAGGUUUAGUUUGUGAUCGUAAGCCUCGUGGUAAUGGCAACCUCUGACGAAAGAACCAAUUCAACAGGAGAAGAAGAAGAUGACGGACACAUUCAAAUGGAUGAAGAAUCUCGUCGAGAGCAAAAAGAUGGAGAGGUAAAACUAAAAAUUUCUGCUGCAGAACCGCUAAUAAGCCCUUUCAACCGACCUAAAUCGGAAUCAAACGAGCCUGUUGAAUUCUUAGAUGAAGUGAAGAAGGAGCGUUCCCGUAUAGACGACAAGAAGAUCCACGCAAGUAGAGAAAAUUGUGUAAGUAAACUCUCUGAAAGAGAUGAUGAAGGCGAGGAGGGUCAUAACAGAAGCAAAGAGUUGCUUUCAAAAUGUACCAAAGAAAGCUCCUUCCCCCUGAGUGUCGAGAUUCAAGCGGCGAAGAAUUCCGUUCUGGAAGGAAAAGGCCACAGCAUCAUUCAAAUAGCCACUGCUGAUGAAGAAAGUCAUGUUAAUCAACAGAGAAGAGCAGGAAUGUUUUUAGAUAUACUUCAACGAAGUUCACAGCCCAGGGUAUUAAAUGCUCAACUACAGAGUAGCUUCAGUGUAAAAGAGGGUCAUGUAGAAAGAGCAGUUAAAUUAGCCCCUACUAGGCAAGAGAAUGCUUCAAAACAAGUUCAGAUCCACGGUCGAAGCCAUGAAAACCACCAGAGAAAAUAUUCAGGGUCGUUGGAUUUAGAGCAACAAAUUUCACUACCCCAAACACGCGGGAAUCAAAUACAGAGUACCUUCGGUAAAGGAGACGGUCAUGAUCGAAGCGAUGGAACGUUGGAUGAAUCUGUCAGGCCGCGAGUUCGCCCGAAUCAAGCAGAUGGUAUUGGAGCGAUGGAUUAUUCUUUUCAAGAAGAAGGAGCAAACAAUAGCAUCAAAAUCAUCACAGGUAGGCAAGAGAACGCUUUGGUACAAGGUCGGAUCAGCAGCGGAGGACAUAAAAGCCACAGGGGAAGAGAUUUUGCAUCCUUGGAUUUGGUGCAACGAAGCCCAUUUCCCCAGGAACGAGAGGGUCAACUACAAAGUGCUUUCAAUAGAAGAGAAAUGGGAGCCAAGUUAUUUACAGGCGAGAAAACGGCAAAAGUUCAUGCUAUUAGGUUUCAACAAGUUCGGAUCGACAGGACUGACGAUGGAGUUCGUCAGAAAAUUCCUUUCACACCAAUGCAGUCACGUUCAGUUAGUGAAUGGAAUCGAACGUUUCACAGUAAGGUGGAGGAUGAUAUCCCCAUAUUAACAAUCGGAGAAAAUAUUUCUACCGAGGAGACCACCAGUUCUUGGAAAAGCACAGCUCUUGUGACAGGCCGAAGCGACGGAAGAAAAUGGAAAAGAAGAGGUCCUGUUCACGACUUUGCGGGAUUGUCUAUGCAAGAUCCGUUCCAGGGAAUAAAUACAGCCCUGUUUUUCUUAGCAAGACAGCGUGGUUUUGCAGAUGAAGUGCUUGUUUCAAUUCACUUAUUAGCUUCCGAACAAUUCACUCAGGGAGAAAUCUAUGCCCUGGUCAACAGAAUAGAAGCACAGUUGACUGCUAAGCAUCUACCCUUUUGUGUAGAAUACAACGGCCUGCAAGGAAGUGCUCGCUGGUUCAAUCAUGCAUUUAUAGAAGACCAAGUGAAAAUUAAGUUCCAAAUGUUGGGGCAAGCACAACAGAACUUGAGAAUAAUUAACCCAGAUAUGGUGGAACAAGUUAUAACUGUGCAUCAGAUACGGCGUAUGAGUCAGCCAUAUUUGCAGUCACCUGGGGCAGAAGCACGAUUGGAUGUGGAGUUCAUUGGUCCGGUGGGCAAAUUAUGCGAAGGACACAUAAGGAUUACCACGGAAUAUGGGGAAAUAACUCAAAACAUGCUUCUCCCAAUAUUGUCUUGCCGACAAAACCAUUAAGUCUUCCUGUGAAUCUGAGCGAUUUGUGUUCAAAGCCAAGAAGAAGUGUCAUCAAUAUUGUUAUGGUUCCAGUAUUCGAAACUGGGAGAAAAAAGUAGCAAAGGGUAACUAAAUACAAAAUUCGUUGGAAAUCUACUGUAAACAGUUAUCACUUUUUGUGUCUUCAGUAAUUGCUUUUUUACUCUCUCAAUAGACAGAAUACCGUGGUUACCUGGUAUCUUAUUAGCAUUUUUAGCCUAUAGCACUUCUGGCAUAUAAUAAGUUUCUAAACAGAAUUUACUGCCGCAAUUAUUUGUUGACUGUUAUUUUAUCAAAGACGUUUAGUGAAAAUCAGUGAUUGAUGAGGUUUAUUUUGACUGAGUGUCUUCUUCAGCGAAUUUAAGUUGAUAUUUGGCAAGACUGAAAAAAAUGUGAAUAGAUAAGAUCAAAGGAGACAUAUGAGAGAUUGAAAGUAAAGACCGAAAGGAAGGGAAUGAAAGAAUGCAAUGCUGUAAACAUGUGGGUUAUAUUAAAAAGAUAAAUGAUGAGCAAAGAAGAAUAGAAAACUACAUAAAAGUAAUAUUUUAUGAACAUUUUAUUGCUUUUUUUGCUUCUCCUAAUUAGCACAACAUGGGAAUUUAUUUGCUGUUAGGCAAAAUACUUACAAUUUUACGAAGAGUAAAAACCAAAUGUUUGCCACAAACUCUCUUCUUAAAUCAAUAAGAAAAUGUAUUGCACUAGAAAUGUGAAUAAAAAAAACCUUGAUCAUGAAAGUCGAAGGAAAAGCCAUCACACUUCAAAAUAUCUUAAGUGAAUUUUCAGCUUUCGCUGCCUUUUAAAAUAAUAAUGAUAAUAAACUUUAUAAUGUA